AUGGAUGACGAUGAGAUAAUAUCCAAUGGCCCAGGGCCAGAUCCUCCCAAAUCGCCGCCUCGUCGUCGCAGGCCCGCGCUCUCCUGUACCAUCUGCAGACGUCGCAAGCUCAAAUGCGACCGCGCCUUACCCUGCGGACAAUGCGUGAAGUCGAGGACCACAGAUUCAUGCGUAUACACCGGUCCUCCAGGAAAUCCGGCCUCCGGUCCGAGUCGCCUUGCAAGUACACCUCCAGAUAUCCACCGUGCAUCUAGCAGUCGCCAGAGUCCCGCUCGAGGCGGCCUCUACGUCUUCGACUCAAAGCACCAGCCGGCCAACAAAAUCACAAAACCGCGCUCCCAGCCAGACGAGUUGCAGGAACUGCGCCAUCGCGUGCAGCUCCUCGAAAGUGCCCUCUCCAAAAAGAACCCGAUUCAUACCCCCGACAGCUCGGCUUAUGAUGCCCUAUCGACAACGGGCCUGGGAAUGGCCGAACAGCAGUGUCUGACUGACGACGUGAAGGACCUCCCAGGCAGAGCGUGUUUUCGGGGUAAGAAUGGAAAAACCCGUUUCUGUGGCCGUACAUACUAUGGAUUGUCGGUGGCCUUCUUUAAGGACAUCCUGGGUUUCCUGAACGGUCGGCGCAAACUCAAACGCAAGGACUCAGAAUAUCAUAACUUGAAGAGGCUCAAACGGGAGAUGUGGUCUUUUCAAAAGCAGGACCAUCAAAUUGCCUACCGCGAAAAGGCGUUCCAGCUCCAAGAUAUGAUCCCGCAUCGGAGGGUUGCUGACGAACUGGUGGAUUUGUAUCUAUCUACAUUCGAAACCACUUACCGGAUCCUGCAUGUGCCAACAUUUCUCGAACAGUACCAAGCCUACUGGUCUGAUCCGGGAACCCCUGAUAUGGUCUUUAUCGCCAAACUCCUCGCGCUCAUGGCAGCCAGUAGCUGCUUUUUCGGUCCCACCACCAGGCUCAAUGAGAAGGAAACGCUACACAGUGCUGCGACGGGAUGGAUCCUGGCUGUUCAGUCGUGGAUCGCGUCGACCUUUGUCAGCUCCGCUAUCAACUUUGACCUAUUGCAGAUUCAGUGCAUCCUAAUGAUCGCACGACAGUCAGAUGCAGCUGAUGGCGACCUCGUCUGGAUAUCCUGCGGCUCGGUGUUUCGCUCGGCCCUGACCUUAGGUCUGCAUCGCAGUCCAUCUCGAUUUACCAAGGUGACAAAGUUCUGGGCCGAAAUGCGCCGGCGACUGUGGGCCACCAUCCUCGAGUUGGAAUUGCAAUCCUCGAUGGAUGGAGGGAUGCCGUCCUGUCUGGACCUGGACGAGUUUGAUUGCGAGCCACCGUCUGGCUAUGACGAUGCGGACUUGACUGAGGACAUGACCGAGUAUCCUAUCCCUAAGAACCCGGGGCAGGCGACACGAAGCACGUUCCAGGCCCUUCUGGCUCGAUCACUGCCACUGAGAGCGCGCAUCGCAAAAAAAGUCAACAGCCUGCGAUUCUCCAUCCCGUACGAUGAUGCAUUGCGCUCCAGUGAACAACUAGUGCAGUACUUGAAUGAAGGCCUGGCUGUGUUUCCUGACCGCGGGGGGAUUCAGGCCACACCACCCGGACAUAUGACUUUUGCGAGGUCCUUCUUUGUGUUUCUGAUGCGGCGAUUCCUGCUGGCGCUGCAUAGGCCGUUCGCUCUCAGCGUCCUCCAGUCGCCUAAGUUCUCCUAUUCACGAAAAGUGUGUCUGGAGUCCUCGCUGGAGAUGCUCUCCCAGCUAGAAUCUCCUGUCGUCAGCCUACCAGAGGCUCAACCCUGUCCUCAUCUGGGACAGAUGGGAGGUGGAAUGUUCCGGGACGAGUUCUUCCAUGCAGCCAUCACUGUUUGUGUGGAACUCUCGCUCCAAACAACCGAGUUCACCCCGUCGCGGUCCGCCUCUGAUCAGUUGUACCCACUCAAUGCGCUGAAUGACCUGGUCCUGUCGCAGCGGGAGGUUCUCGUCCGCACCGUUGAGCGGACUAUUGACACCCUUGGCAGUCGAAUGACCCCCAAGGGAGCCGGGUUCAAGUCAUUCCUUUUCCUCAGUAUUAUCUUUGCCGCCGUUAAGGCGCGAUUCAACGGCGAGGAUCCUGGCCCAAAAAUUGAGGAGGCUGGGACGAAGGCCAUCCGGGCUUGCGAGAAGUUGAUCCGGGGAGGGACUUGGGCGGACACCCAAGAGCAUAACUCAAUGUCUUCUGCUUUGGCGACCUCAAUCGGUACUCCCUCUUUAGGGUUCGAUGCCGGGUCUCUGUCUUCUGUCGACAUUGCCAACAUAUCGGACCCCGGACGCCUGCGUUUCUCCGUCCUGACCACCCUCGGCCUCCGGGCCGCCCCUGGCCACGCAAUUCCCAACUACGGGGCCGCCUAUAUCAUCGCCAACUGGUUCCUCGCCAACCUCGCCUUCAGCCCUCGGGGCCCGAAGAUGCGUCUGGGCCUGGACAACAACGUCGCCCCGCGCGAAGACCUCACCAAAGCCGGCGAGGCGGCCGUGGCCUCGGGCCGGAUCAGCCGCAAGACCCUCGACCGGCUGAAGCGGCAGGAAGCGGCGCAUCUCAACGCCAUGGAGGGGUAUCCGUUUUUUGUUGCGGGAGUGCUCCUCGCUAUGUAUGCAGGCGUGCCGAACGAGACGAUCAACAAGAUCGGGGUCUGGUACACGGCUUCGCGGCUGGCUCAUGCCGUGGCUUAUAUCUAUACCGAGUCGCGGGCGUGGAGUUUCCUGCGGUCGGUUGCGUGGUGGUCGGCGAAUGCGAGCUGCAUCACGGCCGCUGUGUUGGCGGGGAAGAAGCUGUAA